AUGCAAACAGCAGCAGCAGCAGCAGCAGCAGCAGCAGUUGCAGCAGCAGCAGCAGUAGUUGCAGCAGCAGCAGCAGCAGCAGCAGUAGUUGCAGCAGCAGCAGCAGUUGCAGCAGCAGCAGCAGCAGGAGAAUUCAUAAAGUUCAGCAGCAAAGGCCUAAACUGCUGCGCAUGCAAACAGCAGCAGCAGCAGCAGCAGCAGCAGUUGCAGCAGCAGCAGCAGCAGCAGCAGCAGCAGUUGCAGCAGCAGCAUUUUGCUGCAUCAGUUUAA